AUGAACUCGGUGCGAGAAAUCCAGCGCAUCAAUGAACGUGAGCUGGAACUCGGGCUACACGGCUCUGGGUCUUGGCACGAUCAGUACAAGGACUCGGCGUAUAUUUAUGUCGGUGGACUGCACUAUGAUAUGACGGAAGGCGACGUGCUUACGAUUUUUUCGCAGUAUGGCGAAAUCGUCCACAUUCACUUGCCCAAGCCGCGCUCGGAGCCAGAUACCCAACAGCCCAAAGGGCACAACCGCGGCUUUGGCUUUCUCAUGUACGAGGACCAACGCUCGACCGUGCUCGCCGUCGACAACCUCAAUGGGACGCCAGUGCUGGGCCGCACACUCCGUGUCGACCACGUAGCUCACUUUCGGCCAGAGCGCGUUCGGAAUGCGGAGGGUCAUCUUGUCGAGCCGGAGGAACAGGUCCUCAAUUGUGCGCCCCCCGAAACGGUCGUGGAUGACGAGGGGGGCGAGGACGACGAUCUCGAGGACCCGAUGGCGGCGUACCUGUCAGACAAGCGGCGCCGCCAUGAAAAGCGCCGUGACGAAAAACACCGCCACCGGCACCACCGGCACCGCCGACAUCACCGACACCGCGAUGAUCACGAGCGUGACGCGGAUCAGGAUCAUAUUGACGCUGGCGAAAAAGAUACCCACAGCGACGCAAGGGAUGCCUCACGCGGGCCACAAGACCGCUCACGCUCGGCUACCCCCGUCAUGGACCGCCGCGUUCGCACCGAUACACCGUAG